AUGUCAAAGGUUUCCAAGGCUCGAGUCUCCCGGCUCACACACCAUCUGACGUCCCUUUCACCCCACCCCUCCAUCAACCCCGUCAUGUUGUCAUUGCCAGUCGGCCAUAGACCAAUCUACCCAUCCGGACUGAGUCACGUGAGAAUCACAGUUUUUCAGUCACUUGGUCUCUUGGCCUCGACACCUGCGCACAUGUGCAGUGGGCAUGCUACAGCCUCAACAACCACCGCCCUCCCGAAAAUUUCUCCCGCACAUUCGGAGCCCCCUCCCGGCCUGACUAGCCAACCUGGCAACACUGUCUCUAUCCUAGUCUCUGUUGCGAUGGCAACGUGUCUCUCGGGCCUCAGAGAAACCCGACCGGCAAGGAUGACGGGUCGAAGAACAGGCACUGCAUGCCGGUCAGACAGCACAAAUGUGGGGGAUAAUGCGCAAACGUUGCUAUCAAAUUACGACAUCUAUUUUUCUUUGUACAUUCCGCUCCAUCCCGACCGGGAACCAGGGCAAAAGCUGGGUUCUCAUACAGUUUUUGCGUGCUCUCUCUCUCUCCGGCCUCCUCGAGCCUCCUCUACCCUUUUGUCCGUCCCUAUGCACAUCCGUUGGUACCGGAGAUUGUCUGGUCUGCUGCAAUCGCAAUGCGGCCUCCGCCAAUGCUGCUUUUUCGCUCUUUUGUCCGGCUUGUGCACCAAACUCAACUUGGGCCUGCAUGCCAGCCGAAAAGUGAAGUACAAACAAGCCUGCUGUGGACCUGUUGAGUCAGAAAUUUGCGUCAGAAGAAAGACCACCUCCUCCGUGCGCCUAGCUUCAUCAUCUCCCGGUCAGAGUCCGUGUGGACGCUGCCAACCAGCUGAUCAUGGGAAUGUCGCUUGCAGUUGUCAUGGCCAACAACUACAUCUCAUUCAAUGA